AUGUGGAGAGACUGCCGCAAUGAAUACGCCAUCAAAGAUAUUUUCGUCUACAUGACGCCGGGGCAAUUUUGUAAUAAAAUUAUUCUUUCCUCCUGUCAUAUCUUUAAUGAUGGUGGGCUCAAAACUUUUGGAAUAUCAUCUAUCUAUCUAUCUAUUUAUCUAAUGCUUUCUAUAUCUAUCUAUCUAUCUAUCUAUCUAUCUAUCUAUCUAUCUAUCUAUCUAAAACUUUUCAUAUCUAUCUAUUUAUUUAUGUAUGACUUUCACAUCUAUCUAUCUAACUAUCUAUCUAAGACCUUUCAUUAUCUAUCUAUCUAUCUAUCUAUCUAUCUAUCUAAGAAUUUUCAUAUCUAUCGAUCUAUAUAUCCAUCUAAGGCUUUUCAUUAUCUAUCUGUAUAUCUAUCUAAAACUUUUCAUUAUCUAUAUACUAAGGCUUUUCAUUAUCUAUCUAUCUAUCUAUCUAAUACUUUUCAUAUCUAUUUAUUUAUGUAUGUAAAGCUUUUCAUAUCUGUCUAUCUAUGGCUUUUCAUAUCUAUCUAUCUAUCUAUCUAUGGUCUUCAUAUCUAUCUAUCUAUCUAUCUAUCUAUCUAUCUAAGGUCUUCAUAUCUAUCUAUCUAUCUAUCUAAGACCUUUCAUUAUCUAUCUAUCUAUCUAUCUAUCUAUCUAAGACCUUUCAUUAUCUAUCUAUCUAUCUAUCUAUCUAUCUAUCUAUCUAUCUAA